AGUCUACGCGAGGGGAAGUUAGUGAAACAAUGCGUGGGGAAUUUAAACAAACAUAGCAUGGGUGUGCUUGCGAUGAUUUAUGACGCCAUUUUGUAAGACUGCAUCCGGGUUGAUGUGUUUAAAUACGGAUGCAGAGCAGACAAGAACAUUCUAAUUCAAGGCAUUGAUACAACUGGGACAUGAAGGUACUAGUGCUUUCGGUUCUAAUGGUGGCGGCGGUCGGAACUUCCGAUGCCCAAUGGAGAGACAUAUUCGACAGGGCCAAAAACAGUGUAAAGAGCGCAUCUGAUUUCGUCGGCGGGGCCGUGAGGGGAACUGGGUCUAUGGUGAAUGCUUAUACGGACAUGCGUGAUGCAAAUUUCAAGAACUCGGACAAGUACUUCCAUGCACGCGGGAACCAUGACGCCGCUUCUCACGGAUCAGGUGGCAAGUGGGCCGCAGGGUUGAUCAGCAACACGCGCGAGUGGGUGGACCGGAACAUCAAGGGUGACUCUGCGGCCUCUAGCGCCGCCGACCAGGCGGCCAACUUACACGGGCGCAGCGGAGGCGACCCCAACAGGUACCGACCCAAGGGACUUCCCAGCAAAUACCGGAAGAAGCGACACGUCUAAAGAUGAAUACAUUUGAGCCAAAUGCGAUCGAUUGUGUGGAAACCUUUACUAUAAAUAAAUAAAGUUUCAUAUAUUUGC